UGCGCCCGCGAGGUAGGCAGACGAGGCCAGGCGAAGCGUCGCGUCGACCCUUUGGGCCCUUUGGAUACACCGCACUGACAGCGCACCAGAUGAUGUCGCGCCACGGGCUGGCAGUGGCCCUCCUGGCCGUGGUGAUGUUCACCGCGCUGGUGGACAGCUUCCCGGCGGUGGCGGCGCGCGCGCGGCGGGUGGCGCGCUCCACCCGCUCCAACAACUACUACCCGGAGCUGUACGCGCAGCCGCAGCCCCAGCAGCAGCGCCCCCAAGGGCUGCCCCAGGGGGCGGCGUCCUCGCCCUACCUGUACCCGGACGACUACGACGAGGACACCGACUACAGCCAGGAGCAGUGGUGGGACUCGGCGGCCACGGACACGGCGGCCAACGCCGCCUUCCUGCAGAACCUCAUGGAGGCCAACCAGCUCAACGACCGGCUGGACCGCAUGGGCCUCGGCCAGGGCCUCGGUCAGGAGCUCGGGCUGACCGCCGUGCUGCCGGCCUACGCGGCGCCGCCGAGGUACUUGGACCCGCGGUACCGCGACAGCGACGACUACGUGUUCGGGUCCGUGAACGCGGGCACCACCAACGGGGCGGCCAGCAGCGGUCGCGCGUAUGAGCCCGCGGCCUACGGACGCUACCAGUACCGCGUCGACCAGGAGGACGACGACGACGACGUGCGCGAGCUUCACGCGCUGGCCAAGAAGUCGCGCACGGAGGAGCAGCGGCUGCAGGACCUGGAGACGCAGGCGCUCAUCAAGGCGGCGCUUGGCCGACGCCGCGACCGCGAGGAGCAGAACCGGCGCGUCGAGUUCGCCGACGACGCCAGUGAGCAGCUCGACCAGGACCUCGAGAAGCUGUUCGCCAAGAGCGGCCUCUCCAACAUGUACCACGGCCAGGAGCCCAAGCCCUGGAACGGCCGCGACCCCAUCUGGAACGGGUACUACAUGGGCAGCGUGGACGAGGCCGUGCCGCAGCGCGCCACCAGGAGCAAGACGCAGUACCAGUACCUGCAGGCCCCCGCCUCCACCAAGGCCCCCGUCCCCGUGCCCGCCCCUGCCGCCGCCUCCACCGAACGGCCCGCCGCGCGCACCACGACGCCGGCCUCCACCACCACCAAGACGACCACGACGACCGCCAAGGCAACACCGCCGACACCGCCCCCCAUGAAGAGGACGCUCUCCGUCGGCCAGCGGAGCGGGCAGCCCGAGGUGGCGCUGCUGCGGCCCGCCAAGCUGGGCAGCCGGCCGCGCCCCGUCGUCCGAGCCGCCGACUUGCUGUCGCUGCUGCCGUCCGUGAGCAAGCGCAGCGCGCCCAUCGUGGCUGACGAGGGCUCCUUGGUGGAGGAGCUGUCCGCCCUCAAGAAGAAGUCCGACUGA